GACAGAUGGGAUAACAAACCCAAUAAACAACUCUGAACCCUUUUUCCUAGAGCGCACGCAUCUAUUCGACUUACAAGUUACUCUUCGUGACACUCGGAGCCCUCUUGAUCGAGGACUCUGCGAACCUUUCUUGAGUCGCCCCACCUCCCAACGACUUUUAUCCUCUAGAUCGAGCUGUGCUUGAUCUAGACUAUUCUUUACCGCAACCAUGGCUACUGACAAGGGACUCGAACACGCCGCUGAGAGUCAAAUCGAGUCCAGCUAUGACGAGACGGUCGAGUCCUUCGAUGACAUGAGCCUCGCGUCUGAGCUGCUCCGUGGUGUGUAUGCUUAUGGCUUCGAGCGUCCCUCGACUAUUCAGCAGCGUGCCAUCAUGCCCAUCAUCAAGGGCUACGACAUUAUUGCCCAGGCUCAGUCUGGUACUGGCAAGACGGCUACUUUCUCCAUUUCGGUUCUCCAAAAGAUCGACCCCACGGUCAAGCAAUGCCAGGCGCUCAUCUUGGCCCCGACUCGCGAGCUUGCUCAGCAAAUUCAAAAGGUCAUUGUCGCUAUUGGCGACUUUAUGAACGUGGAGUGCUAUGCCUGCUUUGGUGGAAAUAGUGUACACAAUGACAUAAAGGCCUUGCAGAUGCAGGAUGGCCCUCAGGUCGUUGUCGGAACGCCUGGCCGCAUUCACGAUAUGAUCCAGCGUCGCUUCCUCAAGACUAAUGCCAUGAAGAUGUUCAUUCUCGAUGAGGCCGACGAGAUGCUUUCUCGCGGUUUCACUGAGCAAAUCUAUAAUAUUUUCCAGCUCCUACCUCAGUCGACCCAGGUAAUCCUUCUAUCUGCCACUAUGCCCCAGGACGUUCUUGAGGUCACCACCAAGUUCAUGCAUGACCCUAUUCACAUCCUGGUCAAGAAAGAUCAGCUUACCCCCGAGGGUAUUAAGCAGUUCUACAUCAUGGUCGAGGAGGAGUGGAAGCUCAACACUCUUUUCGAUCUGUGCAAUAGUAUCACUACUUCGACAAUCAUCUUCUGCAACACCCGCCGAAAGGUCGAAUGGCUGACGGACAAGCUAAAGUCCCGCAAUCUUCCCUUCUCCGCUAUACACGGGGAUAUGACUGCCAUUCAACGUGCUACGAUUAUGGAGAAAUUUCGUUCUAGCUCUACUCAUUUCUUAAUUGCCACUGAGCUGCUUGCUCGUGGCAUAGACGUCCAGCAAAUUCCCCUGGUCAUCAACUACGAGCUUCCUGCCAACCAUGAAAACUAUAUAUAUCGCGUCGGUCGUGGCGGAUAUCUCGGACGGAAAGGCAUCGCCAUCAACUUUGUCACCCCCAAUGAUGACCACCUGAUAAGAAAGAUCGAGCAUUUUUACACUACUGAUAUUGAAGAGAUAACUACCGAUGAUGUCAAGCCGCAUCUCUUAGCGCCAGAGGCUUGA